AAGUGUGAACAAAACUUAAUUCUAAAAUAAAACAAAAAGGAAGAGCAAAACUGCACUCAUAGCCAUAGGAGGAGACAAUGAGUGGCGGUUUUGAGGUUGUAGAGUGGCUUAGACCUCUAGUUGAGACCAAUGAUUGGGAUUAUGCAGUUGCUUGGAAAUUUGGGGUUGACCCAACUAGAUUUAUUGAGUGGAUUGGUUGCUGUUGUGGAGGGAGUAACAAGGAAAACAUGGAGCAUGCUGUGAUGCCAAAAGUUGAAAUAUUGAGUGAAGAAAGCCACUUGAAUCUCAUUUGCAGGGACACACAAUUUCCGCAUCAAGUUAGAACAAAGACUUGUGAGGCUCUUUCCAAGCUUCCUUUAGCAAUGUCUCUCUAUUCUGGUGUCCAUGGAGAGGUUGCAAUUUCACAACAACCAAAAUGGCUCAUUCAGGAGGAUUCAAGUGGAACUCAAGUUUUGAUCCCUGUUGUGGGUGGGCUUAUUGAGCUUUUCACUGCUAAGCUGAUUCCAAAAGAUAUAGAUGUCAUAGAGUUCAUAACAGAGAACUGCUGUGUCUCUGUGAAGAAAGAAGCCAUAUCUGCACAGAGCUCCACCACCAGUCUGAACUUCAAUGAGCACUUUACUUUAGCUGCUCCUGGUGUUCAUCUACCUCCAGUAAACCAGUGCAGCUCCAAUCCUAGCACUGAAGGACCAUCCGGUGGGUCUAAUCUUUCACUUGAACGCCACCAAUCAUUUGAUUCAAAGUUUGUCUGCAUGAUUCCACAUAAAUAUAUGAACAAACCAGUUGAAAUAUCUCCUAUCAUCAAAUCUAAAAAGCCCAAGUACAAUGAGACUUCAGGGAAACGGAAGAGAGGUUUGAGUUCCGAUCGUGGCCACAGUGAAGAAGAUCAAGGAAAAUUGGCCAGGGAGACUCAAAAGGAAGGGUACUCUGCUAAAAAUCUUGUCACUGAGAGGAAUAGGAGGGACAAAAUCAAAAAAGGGCUUUAUACUCUAAGGUCUCUAGUCCCAAAGAUAACCAAGAUGGAUAUAGCAUCCAUUCUUACAGAUGCAAUUGACUAUAUAAAAGAAUUACAGCGGCAAGAGAAUGAACUUAAAGAAGAGGUCGAGGCUUUGGAAGUAGAGGACUGCGAGAAGUACACAACACAAGAACAAGGAGUAACCUCAAGUCUCUCUCACACUAAUGUUGAUCAAACUUCUUCUGACUGCACUGAAAAUACAAAGAUGGAGGUGCAAGCAGAAGUGCACCACCUUGGUGGGACAGAUUUCUUGAUUAAGUUAUACUGUGACCACAAGCAAGGUAGGUUUUCAAGGUUGAUGGAAGCCAUGCAUUCAUUUGGGCUGCAUGUGGUUAAUGCUAAUAUGACCACUUUAAAUGGCAAAGUGCUUAACAUUCUGACUGUUGAGGCGACCGAGCAGGAUAUCCACCAAACGGAAUUGAAAGAGUAUUUGAUACAGCAAAUAGGUUGCUGAUAGACAGAGCAGCAAAAAAAUUCAGGAAAUUGGUUGUGUGGUGAUAUAUUGAUGAGUUCAAGAAAGCAAGAGCCCUUUCACAAAGCUUGGAUACCCGGUACAUGGAAAUUUCAGUUACAUUGAGAAUUAAAGAACUUAAAUUCAUCAUUUGGAGUUGAAAGAUCACUCAUUGGCUAACAACUUGGUUAUAGAUAAACAACACACCUCAACUUUAUAGAAAAGUUGGACAUUUGCAUAAAUUGAAGUGUAUCUAAUUUUUCUUGGCCCCAGCAAUAGCAGUUUACAAAUUCGUGACUAUAUUAUGUCAAAAAUGUUUUAUUGUAUGCGGUAAUCAUCUUAUCUCAACUCGCAUAAUCCCAUAAAUUUUGAAAGGAAACAUAUCACUCG